AUGGUGCGAGCCAGUCAAGGCCGCAAUGAUCCGACGGGGCUUGGUCAGGGCAUGGAGCUGCCGCACGAGGGAAUGCAUGUCCUGAUACGCCGAGAACAGAAGACGGCAGAAGAGAGCGAGGAUGCAGCGUUGAAUGGCUGCCUGCCCUCCUCCUCCUCCUCUUCCUCCCCAUCUUGUGCUGGUGGCGGGCCACUAUCCCUCGACGUCUUUCUCCCACCCUCCCAGACGCUCCUCAUGGCUCCUGGCCUUCUAGGUAUCUUUGGAAAGCGCGACAAGUCCAGGUCCCCACGGCCUUCUGCCGCCCUGCCCCAACCGCCGUGGGCGUCCGUGUCUUCGCACGAAGCCAGCGCUGGUCCCUCGUCCAGCAGAAGCACCGCGUCCGCGAGCACUGCCGCAGACCGGGAUCGUGAGCACGAGGGCUCUCAACUUUCGGCUGAGACCGACUAUGUUCUCCCAGAUGCAGACAGCAUUCCCGCCAGCCAUAACGUCUACCCCCAUCUCAACCACCCCUCUCCCCCGAGCGCGUCCUCCACUAAACUGAACAUGUUCCGACGCAGGAAGCAGUCUACCCCCGGCGCGCCCCCCGCCCCUCCUUCCCCUUCCAGCAAAAUAAACCUCAACGACAGCCCCCCACGCCAGCGCCCUCCAAAGUCCUCCUCCACCUCCACCUCCAGCCAGCCGUCCACCAUCGUGCAGACCGACUACUUCGCUCCCCAGCCCCUCCACCCCCCGCCCUCCCGCGCUAACCUCUUCGCCCAGUACGGAGACAGCGCCUCCUCCACUCACUCCCUUCCGCAGCACCAGUCCCAUGUCCACCUCCGCACCGAUUCUCACGACAGCAGCGUCAGGUACGAAACCAUGAGCAACCCAGAUCCCCACGCCCCGCCCGUCCCGCCCAAAAAGAAAGCUCCUGCGACGGGCGGUAGUAGUGGCGGCGGCGGCGGCGGCGGCCUAUUCGCCUGGGCCCGCUCGCGCGACCGCUCCAAAUCUAAACCACCCCGCCCCGGUCCGGAGGUCCUCCCGCCCUCCCUCCCCUCCGUCGACCAGUCCUCCUUCAACCUCAAAUCCUUCCGCCACGUGAACGGCUCCCGCUCCCCGCUCCAGCUCCCCGAGCGCCCGCCAUCGUCUGCCUCGGUGUACGCACCCCCCGUGCGGCCGCGCGGAAACAGCUUCGCCAGUGACUCGUCGCAACGCAUCUCUGUUGCCGCGUUCCGCGAGGCGCAGGCCCGCCGCAGCGCCGCCGGGUCUCCCGUGCAGACCUUUGGCGACGGUCUCAGACCAGAGUCGCCAAGCGCCGGGCCCAGUCCGCGCCUGUCGCCCAGUAUGUCACAGCAGCAACAGCAGCGAGGUCGACAGCGCUCUUCUACAGUCGGCUCCCCCUCUUCGCAGGUGCUCGUCGGUCCCCCCAUCACCCGGACACCACUUCCACAGCUCCCGCAACCAUCAGCCCCUUUCCAGAACCGCACGUCCAAAGCGAACCUCUUCUCGGGGUCGUCCACCGAAUCGUCGUCUUCGGAAGAGUCCGAAUCUGAAGAAGAGGAAGACAACGAGGACACGCUCCGUCCCACGCGCAAGCGCACGAUCACGCAAAAGCCAAAGGCGGAGUCCGAGCUCGGACACCGCUCGGGCCCGCAUCCGCUCUCCUCGCCAUUUGCCUCGCCGUCGCCUUUUAACCUAGAUGUGAACCGCGGCUCGCCGUAUACCUCUCCUGUCUCGCGCGGGCGGGCCGGCGCAGGAGGGUCUGGCAGCGCCGGCCCCAGCCCGCGUAUUUCCCCGGCGCAAUCGUCAUCGACGCCGACACCCCACGACGAUCGCGCAAACUUGACCGCCGGAGCCGGCAACGGCGUGUACUUGCGAGCGCGCGGGAGCGUGUCCACCUCUGCGCUCGUCCCGAGCGCGACGGCCAGGCGAGCCUCUCUCAUCUCCAAGAAGAACGCGACAGCAUCGUCGUCCAAAGCGGCUCCAGCCCGGCCUGUCAUCGCGCGGCCCCGCUCACGUCUAAACUCGGCCUCGUCGACGUCCUCGGACUCGGGCUCGUCCGACUCUUCAGAAGACGACGCACCGCUGGCCUCAUUCAUGCUCCCCUCAAGACCGGGCAGCGCCGCCUCGAAUGGGUCGCGCGGGCCCGCGAAGCCCCUGAUUGACAUCAAGGCGCUCACCAAGCAACCGCUCCCGCGACGCACGCUCGACGAUUCUCCACGGCAGCAGACGGAUGCGCGGCGCAGUCCGGACAGCGGCCGCGCGCCGCGCAAGGACUCGUUCGGCGUUAGCGAGCGGCUCGCGCAACUCGCCACGGGCCUUGCGGCGGGCUCGAGCAAAUCACCGCCGUCGUCCCCGCCCACGCAGUCCCCUCCAUCCUCGAAAUUCACCUUCCCGCCGACGAAGCUCAAAGUCGACACGGCGAGCGCCCGGCCGACGUCGUCGGGGUCGACGGUGUCGCCGGGCGCGAGCGCCGCGGCGGCGGCGGAGUCGAGCCCGAGCCCCAUUGUGCCGACGCCGAUCCGGCAGCGCCAGCCCGCGCCUUCGUUCUCUGUCAUGUCGCGCCCGAUCUCGCACGCGAGCUCGAACUCGGUCGGCACGAUCACAGGCGCAGAGGCGUCCGCGAUGCGGGACGCGAGCGGCGGCGCGCGGCCGACCGUGCGGAUGGUGCAGAGCGCGGGCACGGGGUCGCAGGGGAAUGCGCUGCCGCGCCCGCAGGCGCAGCCGGCCCCGCGGACGGCGUCGAGCUCGCACGUGACGAUGACGCUGGUGUCGCGCAUCCCGAAGAACGACGUCACGGGCGAGGCGCCCGCGUCGUUCUCAGCGUCGCCGACGUCGUACGCGGCGCCGCCGCCGCCGAAGCCGUUCACGACGGGCCUGCUGCGGGAUAACAGCCCCGCGAGCUCGACGGGGGACUCGAGCAGCGGGCGGAUGCCGGCGACGCCGCGCGACGGGAGCGAUAUCGGUGCGCGGAGCGCGGGCGACGAGGAGAGCGCGGUGGGGAAGCCGAGCUCGAUGGCCGGGAGUAGGAAGCCGCGGACGAAGAGGGCGAGCGUGUCGUUCAUGGAUGAGCCGGAGAGGGAGAAGCUGAAGACCUUGGGCGCGGGUGGGAGUGGGGGUGGGAGUUGGAGCGGGAAUGCGGGCAGUGCGGAGGAGAAGAGGAAGGAGAGGCGGAGGACGGAGGCGAAGGCUUCCAUUGCACUGGGCAAGGUCAUCAACGGCAGAGGUCCCAUUGUCGAUGAUGAUGAUGACGGCGACGACGAGCGUCCCGUCAAUAUGGGUCCUCGGAUGAACAUGGGCAUGAGCAUGCUUGGUGCCAACCCGAUGAUGAACAUGAGCAUGCCUACCAAUCUCAAUGUCCCAUUCCCGACCGGCGACUACAACAACAUGGGCCAACCGAGCUCGAACACGAUGAGCAUGAACAUGAACAUGAACAUGGGCAUGAUGGGCAUGGGCAUGGGCAUGGGCAUGGGCAUGGACCCCAGCGCGAUGAACCCAAUGAUGAUGGCCGCGCACCAGCAAGCUAUGAUGAUCGCCAAGCAGACGUACCAGCUCGCGGUCGCGCAGCAGGCGAUGCAAGAUGCCGCGGACGAGUGGGAACGCGGGUCAAGCGUGAGCGGGUGGGGUGGCGGCGGCGGCGGGCGCGCGAGCGUCGCACCGAGCAGCGUCAACGUGCCGACCGGGGGCAUGCCGAUGAUGAACGGGAUGUUCCCGGGAGCCAUGAGCAUGGGCAUGGGCAUGGGCAUGGGCGGCCUCAGCCCGGGAGGGAUGAACAUGGGCAUGGGGUGGCAGGGCGGCGCGGGGAUGAUGUUUCCGCAGGGCCCGCGGUCGAUGUACACUGGGAGCGUGUAUGCGGCCAGUGACGCGGGCGGGAGCGUCGCGGGCGGCGGGUGGGGCUCGCGCAGCGCGUACGGUGAGAACUUCGGGGGCGACAGGCCGCCGCGCUCCUCGCGGCCGAAUCACGGCUCGCCGGCGUCCGCGAGCGUCGCGGGCGGUGGCGGCGGGAACGGCGGGAACGGGUCGAGGAAGGACGGCCCGCGGACGCGGACGCGGACGGCGCCGUCAAGCGGUCCUGGGCAGGCGCCGGGCAAGAGAGGCGGGCAGGCGCUGUUGGGCGCCGUGUCGCCGCCGUCCAGCUGGAGGGGUCCGUCAUGA